GGAGGCGGGCUGCGCGCCGCGUUGUGAGGGGAGGGGGCGGGCGGGGGCGGGCGGGAGUGAGUGAGUGCGGCUAACGGCAGCGGCGCCCGCCGGUUCUCCUUCCGCGCCUUCCUCCCAGCCUUCUCGUGAUGGUCGCGUGUUCGGCGGCGGCCCCGGUGGUCCUGUGAGGCGGCGCUUGGCCCCGCCCCGUCCAGCGACCGAAGGGGGGAGAGGCGGAGGCGACCGGCAGGCAGGUGAGGAGGACGAGGCGGCCGUUGCGCUCUUUCCCCUCCUCCCUCCUUCGCGGGACGCGCUUGUUUAGCGACUAGACGCCCUCCAAAAGAGUCUUGUUUUGGGAAUUGGCAUUCUUAGCACUAUUAACUAUGUAUGGAUUUGUUAUGUCAGUUGUUAUAUAUUUAUUUACACCCCACCUUUUUGUCCUGACAGGGACUCGAGGAAGUCUACUAGUUAUUUAGAGAGAGAGAGUAGUUUUAUAGAGAUAGAUAGAUAGAACUAUCUAUAUAACUAUCUAUAUAUAGUUAUAGUUUUAUAUAAUAGUAAUAAUUUAUUAUUUAUACCCCGCCCAUCCGCCUGGGUUUCCCCAGCCACUCUGGGCGGCUUCCAACAGAACACUAAAAUACAAUAACCUAUUAGAUCUAGAUAUAGUUCCUAUAUAGAUCCUAUAUAGAUCUAGAUAUAGAUAGUUUUAUAUAGAUCUAGUUAUAGUUUUAUAUAGCUAUGUACUUAUAUAUAGUUAUAUAACUAUAUAUAUAUAGUUCUAUAUAUAUAUAGAACUAUAUAUAACUAUAUAUAUAUAUAUAUAUAUAUAUAUAUAUAUAAUAUGAUAGUUCCUAUCUGUAGGCUUCACCUCAGUGUUUAGUUCCCACGCCUUUCCCUUGCAAAGAGUACGAAAACCGCAUCCUCCCGUGCACACCCUUUGAAUUUAUCAAAAAAAUUUUGCAAGGGUUCCUGCAGCCAGGUAUUGCGAGCCUCAUACGGCAGAGGUGUUCACGUUCACAAGUGUUCACGUUUCCUUCUUGAUGCCAACGCAGCGAAUGGAAUUUUAUGCACAUUGAAUCCGCAGCUUGUGCACGUUGAACUCGUGUGCAUUCGGCUUUAUGUGCUUGGCAAAAAAAAAAAGUCAAAAGGUGGUGGGGUUCUGGUGAAAAUGACUUGGGCAACCCCGCCUGCCAUUGAACCCAGUGGGUUUUGACUAUACACAAUUACGGCUUUCGGCACGCUCCUUAGAAUGUAAUGUAAGUUGAGGACUUUGUGUAUAUGGUUAUUUACCCAAAGUUUACCUCCCCCCCCCCCCCAUUUUUAUUCAUACAUCCCUUUUAUUCAUAUCAUUGAGAUUGUUAAUAGAAAACAAACAAAAAAUGAUUCCCCCUCCCAAGUUUAUUUAUGAUUUCCUUUUAUUCGUAUUAUUGAGAUUGUUAAUAGAUAAAAACAAACCCUUAAUAAAUUACUCAUGCUAUACAGGCUUCAUGUUUCAGCUGCGGGGUGCUGCAGGCAAUUGUCACUUUGGCACACUGCACUACCUUUGGCACACUGCACUAACUGGAAGUUAGUCCAGAGGCUGCCAGUCGGAACCGGAAGCCCAAAGCCGCUCCUUGAAUUGCCAGGUUCAUAAUGGGAGACCUCUUCCUCCUUGGCAGUUUUCAACCUCUUAGACUUCACAGCACUCAGCCUUAAGGCUGCUUUGCUGAAAGGCCAAUGAGCAUAGUCAGGUCGGCAGUGGUGAAGCUGUGGGUUUUGCUUCUUUCUCUGUGCAACUGCUUCACCAGUGUUUCAGUUUCAAAGUCCCAUUUCCCACACAGUGUUUGUUGGAUUUCAUAAAUCUGGGCUGAAUUGCGCUAGUGAAGAAAAAAGUUCAUGGUUGUUUCCACUGCUCAGCCCAGGUACUCUAGCCACGUUCCCACUGAAACGUUUUGAUUGACUUAGGCUGCGAUUCCGUGCAUGUUUACUUAGUGGUAAGCCAUGUUGAAUGCAAUUGCUCAUACUUCUGAAUAAACAUGCAUGGAAUUGGGAUGUUAGAGAUUGUACAGCAAUCUCUUGUGUGAACUUCUAGAAGCCCUUACAACGACAGACAGACUAAACAAUCGGCGCAGCCUAGAGCACACAGCUGGCAGUUAAAUGGCUGCUUCCAUUCGGGACAGCAGGAGGUAUGCUUCAGUUAUCGUACCUGUUUGGUUACUGUUUAUAAUUUGGCCCAAAAUCAGUUGUGAAGCAAAGAAAGUGAACUUUCCAAGUGCCUAACUUGUGCGCUUGCCUUCAUGGCUUGCUAAACAUCUGUCCAAGUUACCAAGUAUGCUGCUUUAUGUGUUGCAAAACGUAGAACAGUUUUGAAAAUAAUAAAUAACCCAGUAAUUAAAUUUUCUGCCUUUCAAAUUUAAAGCUAAAUCGGGUGAGGGUAGCUGAUGGGUGUCAAACCCUCAGUGAGUUAGGGACUUCCCCAGUGUGUUGUAGAGGGAAGUGAGAGGCAGAUGGGGUUUGUCAGCCUGGGAAUGUAGCCUAUCUACGAGAAGGAAAACUCUGGUCCUUAACCUCCGCUGCCUUGAGGGAUAUCUUCAGGAGAAGAAAAGGCUAAGGAGGAAACCAUACACAAAUCCAGAGUGGAGUCCCGAAGAUGACUGGAUGGCGUCUUGUACGCCUCCUCCUGGCAACUCCUGCAGCCAAGCUGUUGCCAAACGUAUUGCUCUGCUUUCUUUUGGACCACAUCAUCAAGACCAAGAGGAGUGUCUUGUCGUUGGGGCAGCCCAGGACCCCCAUACACACUGUCCAGGCUUGUACACCAUGGAAGGUCACUUUGGUGCUGCAAACACUGGGUUGACUUCAUCCCCAGAGGCAUACUGGACUGUCUCUCGGGGCAGACAGAUGCAUACCCCUGAGUUAACUCAUUGAAGGGCCUUGACCAGUAUGUGUGAUUUUGCAGAUACUCUACCUCCUUAACUUCUUGCAAGCGAGUGGUUAUGAGCUGCAUGUGUGAAUAGAAAAGAAUUCGGUUAUGAUACAACAGUGUUAAUAUCAGUUUAUUAGUUUGUUUCAAUAUUGCUGAGAAAAUUACUCCUGAGUCAAAUAACGGCCCAGACAAGCAAAUGUUUUGAUGGGUGAUAGUGUAAGCACAGCCCAUAAACAGUCCCUUCUUUUGACCUGUAGCCUGUUGUCAGGUAACUAUUUUGUGUCACAACUCACACAAGAAGUUCAGAGACAAUUGCUUGUUUGUUGUUUGUUUUUUAAAGAAUGUUGUUUCCCUCAAAUACCAUGUUUACUGACUCUGCGUCUGUCUUAGGUGCAAACUUUGAAACAUGAACAGCAUCACCCAUUUCCCGUGUUCAGAGCUGACUUGGCUUGUCGUGGAGCCCAGUGCCCAACGCUUCCCAACUGACUUCCCCACAAGGCAUUUUUAAAGUACCUAGAAUGGCCAACAAGAAAGAACCUCCUUUCUACAAUGAUAAUAACAUGGGACCAUGCCAUUACAAAUUUGCUUUCUAUGAGACUAUGGAGCUCUUCAUUGAAACUCUAACAGGAACAUGCUUUGAGUUGCUGGUAUCUCCUUUUGAAACAGUAAUUUCUGUGAAAACUAAAAUCCAGAGAUUGGAAGGUUUGUGUCCUUUUAAGUUAUAAAAAUCUAGAAAGGUUUUUAACUUAGCACUUGAAAAGGUGGUUAUUUUAUAGAAAACAUGCCAUUGUGAUCUGUAAUGCAGUGGUGAUCAGUGUAAAGAGCUAGCUAGCAGUGUGAAAUACAGUGGUACCUCUGGAUGCGAACGGGAUCCGUUCCGGAGCACCGUUCGCAUCCAGAAGCGAACGCAACCCGCAAUUCGGUGCUUCUGCGCAUGACAUCAUUUUGACCGUCUGCGCAUGCGCGAGCGGCGAAACCCGGAAGUAACGCUCUCCAUUACUUCCGGGUCGCCGCAGCACGCAACCCAAAAAUACUUAUCCCGAAGCUAUUUUAACCCGAGGUAUGACUGUACCUGGAAGAUGGAGCAAACUUGUUUUCUCCUGCCACAGAAAGGAGAUUCUGACUAAAUAUCAGGAAGAACUUUUGGAUGGUAAGAGCUGUUUGACCGUAGAACGGACUCCAUUGGAAGGUGGUGUACUUUGAUGGAAGUUUUAAGCAGAGGUUGGGUGGCCAUCUGUCAUGGAUGCUUUAGUUGAGAUUCCUUCAUUACAGGGGGUUGGACUAGAUGUCCCUCGGGAUCCCAGCUCUGCAAUUCUAGGAUCUACCAUGUGACAGCCCUUUAGAUAUUUGAAGAUGGCUGUCAUAUCUCCUUUCAGGCUCCUCUUUUCCAGGCUCAGCCAUGCCUCAUAAGGAUUGGUUUCCAGGCCCUUAUUAUAUUGGUUGCCCUUCUCUGCACCGGUUCCAGCUUACCAAUAUCCUUAAAUUGUGGUAUCCAGAACUGGACACAGGAUUGCAGGUUGGGUCUGACCAAGGCAGAAUAGAGUAGUAUUACUACUUCCCUUGAUCUGGACCAUACGUUGACAACCUAAGGCCCAUGGGCCAGAAGCAGCCCAUGAGGGUCGCUUAACCGGCCUAUGAGCCACCCCUGAACUGAGCCGCCCGCUCAGUGAGUCCCCGCACGCUACGCUAAACCGAUGCUGAGUGGCGCAGGGACUCUCUUCCGCGGCUCCGGAAAUCACUUCUGGGCAUGCGCAAGUGCGAUUUCCAGCGCUGCACCGGUCCGGCCCACGGAGGAUCUCCGUGGGAGUGAUCUGGCCCAUGCCAGGUAAGCCUUGCCGACCCCUGAUCUGGACACUGUGCUUCUGCUGAUGCAGCCUAGAAUAGCAUUAGCCUUUUCUGCUGAUGCAUCACACUCUUGACUCAUGUUCAGCUUGUGGUCUACUAAGACCCCGUGACCCUUUCCACUUGUACAACCGGUAAUCCCGGUGUCUCCCAUCCUAUAUUUCUGCAGCUGGUUCUUCCUGCCUAAGUGUGGAACUUGGCAUUUGUCCCUUUUGAAAUUCAUUUUGUUAGUUUGGGCCCAGUUCUCCAAUCAGUUAAGGUCAUCUUGAAUCCCGAUUCUGUCUUCUGUGGCAGUAGCUACCCCUCCCAGUUUGGUGUCACCUGCAAAUUUGAUGAGCAUCCAUUCAACAACAUCCAUUGAAUUGUACUGGCAUUUCGUUUCUUACAUAAGUUUAGAAUUCUCAUUGAGGUGUAUCAUUGAGAUAUUUACAAAGACAGUGAAUUAGCCAAUUUAAAUGAGCUGAUAUGUUUUGGUAGUAACUUAUUCUUAAAAAUAUUUACACUUUUCUGUAUGGGUAUCUAUCAACUGUUCAUGCUAUAGAAGUAUCUUCAGAGAGUUCUUCAUCAUUACAUUGUAAUACGAUACUCAAUACUACAUUGACACAGUCAACAACCCUGCCCAAAAGGAAAUAAGAACAGAACCUUCCCAAAUCAUAUGGGUUAAAUUUGCCUGGUCUCUGUUGCAACAACAGUAAAUAGCAAUGAUGGUCAUACGGUUUUUGGAGAGGAGUCCAGUGAUCUCAAAUGGUUGCCAUGGGGACGUGGCAUAACACAUAAUGGCUGUGGGGUGGGGCAUGGCGUAACACAACACAGUUCUCCUGAAGAGAAUAGCGUAACCCCAAAUUAGAGAAUACAGUCGUUUCCUUCUCUCGUGAACUCUACCUGCAUAAGACCGCCUUAGAGAAUGGCAUGUCAUGUGAGAUCAAACAGCUAGGAACUGGAGAUGGAGCCUUUUCAGUGGUGGCACUAACCUCUGGAAUGCCAUCCUGUGGGUUCCUACUUUGUAUGUAGAGUGAAAUUGAUUUGCAGUAAUUUCAAGAUAGAUGAAAGGCACACUUUACACAGCGUGUCGCUUGCUAGGUUCUUGUUGCAUCUGGCUACUUGCUUUUGGAAGCAGGCUAGUUCAAACCAUGUACUUUUCAAGCAAAGUAGCUACGGUAGUAUCUUGGUUUACAAGCUUAAUCUGUUCCAGAAGUCCGUUCUUAAACAGAGACACGCUUUCCCUAUAAUGAGGCCUCCCACCGCCAGUGCCCUUCCACCGUUCAGAUUCUGUUCUUAGACCGAGGUAAAGUUAUCAAAGCAAGACACUAUUUCCAGUUUUGCAGAGUUUUUAAACCAAAUCGUUCUUAAAUCGGACUGUUCUUAAACCACGGUACCACUGUAUUCUGUUUUUAUGUUGUUACCAUUUAAUCUCAAGGACAGAAAAGGACAGUAGUUUGUGUUCACUUGAUAGUAAUGUAAGGGUGUUCCUUUAUAUAUUUUCAAGGCACUUUCUACUACGUAUUCACAUCUUUUCAGCUCUUUAGUACCUUUAACCUAAAUGAAUUUACAUAACUAAGUAUACUUAAAAUUAAUUUCAGUGGUUUACCAUGGUGAUUUGGGGCACAGCUUUACAAGGUCAGUAAGCCAAUUAAAAUUUAUGGAUGUCAUUUUAAGGUAUCCCCGUAUCUCAGCAACACUUAAUCUGGAAUAAUGUAGAGCUGGAGGACGACUAUUGCUUGAAUGAUUACAAGUGAGUAUUUAAAUGCAAUUACAGAUGUUUCUAAAUACCAUUUCUGUUGUGGGAAAAAGGCUACAAAACAUUUUUGAUUGGUUUACAGCAUUUCAGAGGGCUGCACUUUGAAGUUGAUAUUGGCAAUGCGAGGUGGACCUAUUAAUACUAGAAGAGGUAGGUGCCUAUUAAAUUGUCUCUGAAGUAUUUUUUGCAAAGUCAGUACAAUCCACCUGAAAGCUAAACUUACUAUGAUCCCACUGACGGGUGAGAGGGAGUAAAGCACAUGCUUCACUUUCCAUUAUGGAUCACAUGCUUAACUAUUGAAGUGAAUGAGAGCUUCUUUCCUUUUUGUGCUUCUGUUCAGUAAUAAAUCAAUUACACCCCAGUGACAUAAGAGUUAAAGUGCUGUGGUAAUUGAUUCUAUAUACUUCUGCCUGCGGGUGGCGCUGUGGGUUAAACCACAGAGCCUAGGACUUGCCAAUCGGAAGGUUGGCGGUUCGAAUCCCCGCAACGGGGUGAGCUCCCGUUGCUCGGUCCCUGCUCCUGCCCACCUAGCAGUUCGAAAGCACGUCAAAGUGCAAGUAAAUAAAUAGGUACCACUCCGGCGGGAAGGUAAAUGGCGUUUCCGUGAGCUGCUCUGGUUCGCCAGAAGUGGUUUAGUCAUGCUGGCCACAUGACCCGGAAGCUGUACGCCGGCUCCCUCAGCCAAUAAAGCAAGAUGAGCGCCGCAACCCCAGAGUCGGUCACAACUGGACCUAAUGGUCAGGGGUCCCUUUACCUUUACCUUUUUAGUAACUUGGCAAUAGGCUCCCAGUUCUGGUAAAAGGCCCAACCUAUAUAUCUCACCCCAAGAGUUAUUGGAUCAUUCUCUCUUCACCACUAAAGUAUCACUGUGUAGUUUGGGCUGAAAUUUUUGCGUGCCAUUGACAUCUUCCUUUAGCUGUUGCAGCACAAGCCUUGGUGUACCUAAAAGAGGAUAAUUGUUGGGUAGCCACAGCCUGUCUUUGAGGAACGAAAAGGGGAACACCAAAAGUAUAUUCAUUUUUUUGACUUGUUAGAUUCAAAUCUAGACUUAAAUUGGACAAUCAUAUUAAAAGCUAAUUGCUUUCCAAAAAAAAAGAGGAAAAAUAACAGCAACAUAUUUGUAAUUUUAUUUUUACAAAUUCUUUAAAGAAAAGUGGGAGAAACUACACUUUGCGUCCUUUCUGCCAUUGUAAUGUCUGCAAUGAAAUAGUAGGUGCGGAGGCAGGCAAAGUGGCCAGUUAUUACACUUACAUGCAUGGGAAGAUACAACAUUUUUAUUUCCGAAAUCAGUGAAAUGAAGAAACAAACAUUGUGAGACGUGUGUUCUUAGCGCUCGCUCAAAUGUUACUGCAUUUGCUCUGUAGUUACUCUUGGUAACUUGCAUCAAAAGAAACCCAUAAAUAUUGUAUGAAGCUGAGUGGUAUGAACCAAGUGCUGAAAGAAAGGUGGUUUACUUUAUUAUUAAGUGGGUCAAACAUUCGAUCCCUCGUAUUUACAGAAAUGUCUAUCAUUGUAUAGAAAAUUAAAAGUGAGAAUGAGUGUUCAAAGCACUCAAUGGACUACUGCAGAUAGUUUCAGCAAUUUGACCAACACAGAAGUCCUAAUGCUGAAGAGUAAAUGUCAAAUGUGUUCUGCAAUUCUCUCCCCUCCCCCUCCCCUUUUCAAUAUGCUGGGCAAACACACAGAUGAUUGGUUUCUAUGGGCAUAUCACCUGACAGUGGGAAGCAUGUUCUAACUAUGGGGCACCUUUGGUUCCCACAUUGGAAGCCCUUAGCAUUAUUAUUUGCAAAGUAUCGUUAAACCACAGAGCCUAGGACUUGCCGAUCAGAAGGUUGGCGGUUCGAAUCCCCACGACGGGGUGAGCUCCCGUUGCUCGGUCCCUGCUCCUGCCAACCUAGCAGUUCGAAAGCACCUCAAAGUGCAAGUAGAUAAAUAGGUACUGCUCUGGCAGGAAGGUAAACGACGUUUCCGUGCGCUGCUCUGGUUUGCCAGAAGCGGCUUAGUCAUGCUGGCCACAUGACCCGGAAGCUGUACGCCAGCUCCCUCGGCCUACACAACCCCAGAGUUGUCCGCGACUGGACCUAAUGGUCAGGGGUCCCUUUACCCUUUACUUUAUCAUUAUCACAGAAGACGUAUAAUUAUUAUUAUUAUUAUUAUUAUUAAAUAAUUAUUAAUAAUAAUAAUUUAAUAAUAUUAUUAUUAGCUGCUCAGGGCGGCUAACACCAGUAAAAUUACAAUAAAAGCAUAAUAGGGGGCGAAUUUAAAAUACAGGUUAAAAUGCAAUUUAAAAUGCAGCCUCAUUUUAAAAGUGGCCCAUGGAUCAAAACCGUAAGGGAAGGGAAAACAUAAGGGUCAGACUGAGUCCAAACCAAAGGCCAGGCGGAACAGCUCUGUCUUGCAGGCCUGCGGAAAGAUGUCAAGUCCCGCAGGGCCCUAAUCUCUUGUGACAGAGCAUUCCUCCAAGUCGGGGCCAGUACUGAAAAGGCCCUGGCCCUAGCUGAGACCAAUCUAACCACCUUGCGACGUGGAACCUCCAAAGUGUUGUCAUUUGUGGACCUUAAGGUACUCCACGGGACAUACCAGGAGAGGCUGGGUCUUAGUACCUAAGACACAACUGUGGUUUCAUAAUCAUUCUUUUUAGCAGUGCUCACAGCAAAUCACUGUAUCCAGCAAAUCAAAUCAUCCAUAGUGACUGAAACCGUAGCCCAAAGUCAAAAACAGGCAUUCAAUGAUACUGCCUGUGAGAGCACAGAUACCUGCAUGGAUGUUAAAAACCCCGAUUAUCAUUAGAGUGACGAUUCUAUCAUUAGAUAGAAUUAGAGAUGAGCCAGUGUGGUGUAGUGGUUAAGAGCGGUAGUCUCGUAAUCUGGGGAACCGGGUUUGCGUCUCCGCUCCUCCACAUGCAGCUGCUGGGUGACCUUGGGCCAGUCACACUUCUCUGAAGUCUCUCAGCCCCACUCACCUCACAGUGUUGUGGGAGAGGAAGGGAAAGGAGAAUGUUAGCCGCUUUGAGACUCCUUCGGGUAGUGAUAAAGCGGGAUAUCAAAUCCAAACUCUUCUUCUUCUUCUUCUUCUUCUUCUUCAGAUCGACUCUCCCAGGAAAUCUCUCAGCCCUCACUCUGUAGUGCACUAUCAGAGUCCUCAUGCCUAGAAGUGUGUUUUUAAAACCAGCAGGGUUUGCACAAGAUAAACCCAUUUUAGAGUGUCUCUUGAUAGGCCAGCCAUCCCCCAACCUGUUACUUUGCAAAUGCUUUGCACUGCAACACGCAUCAGUCUGACCCUUAUGUCUUCCCUCCCCUUACGGUUUUGAUCUAUGGGCCACUUUUAAAAUGAGACUGCAUUUUAAAUUGCAUUUUAACCUGUAUUUUAAAUUGGGUUCCUUUUUUUCUUUUUUCCCUAUUAUGUUUCUAUUGUAAUUUUACUGGUGUUAGCCGCCCUGAGCCCGGCUCUGGCUGGGGAGGGCGGGGUAUAAAUAAAACUUAUUAUUAUUAUUAUUAUUAUUAUUAGUUGUUGUAGCCAACAUGGUCAGGGAUGAUGGGAGUUUCCUCCACCAACAUCUGGGAGCACCAGUCUAGGGGAAACUCUGAAAUAUUGAGAAAUACCUUUCCUUUCCCCCAUCCCCGGGCAAAAAAAUAAUAAUUUCAAAAGUAGUAUCAAAAGGGUCAGAGGGAGCCUGCUUGUUUCAAUCCAGUUCUGCUGCAUCCAUCAUUAAAUCAUAGUGAAAGCAUACUUUGCUAGCUACUGGUGCUAUAUUAAUAAAAUCUUGUGGUGCCAUUGAUGUCAAACUUGGAUUUCUUGAUGUGACAGGACAGCAGAAUGGGGGCACAAAAGGAGAGUAUUACAGCUUUUCCUGUAUUACCAUACGCACUAGGGCUGUGCAUUCACUUUAGAAAAUGUGCCAGAUACAUUUGUCCAGAUACUUAAAAAAAAACCACCCUCAUCUGGCCUUUCUAUAACUAGAAACGGCCGCGGGUGGAUGGGUGCGGUAUAGUUUUGUGAGCAACAUAUAUCAAGGAGGAAACUCUCGUUGGUUCUGACGCUUUCAUCUGAGAGGUCAUAUAAAUACUGCAGUAAAGACUAGAACUAUGAGGGGAUUCCUUAAUCUUGAGAAAACGUAAUUUACUUUGGGAAAGUGCAGAUGAAGCCACUAAACUCAAAACGUUUGUACUAUAGGUUCUAAAACAAAUUACCCUAUUUUUUGCUCUAUGACUCACUUUUCCCUCCUAAAAAGUAAGGGGAAAUGUGUGUGCGUCUUAUGGAGCGAAUGCAGGCUGCACAGCUAUCCCAGAAGCCAGAACAGCAAGAGGGAUUGCUGCUUUCACUGUGCAGCGAUCCCUCUUGCUGUUCUGGCUUCUGAGAUUCAGAAUAUUUUUUUUUCUUGUUUUCCUUCUCCAAAAACUAGGUGUGUCUUGUGGUCUGGUGCGUCUUAUAGAGCCAAAAAUACGGUAGUUUCAGAAGAUAGUGUGGGGGGUGGGAUUCUGCUUCCUUCUUAUUCCCCACACUCUUAGACACCAAUAUGAGGUCACCCGAGGGCUUGGAAUGCAGAGUCAUGACUGAUUUCCCUCUGAUAUUGGAACUGAGCGAGGCUGUACAGAUGUAUCAUCUGGACUCCAUAAUGGGCUGGAUGACGACCAAUAAACUAAAACUGAAUCCUGAUAAGACAGAGGCACUAUGAGCAGGUAGUUCCUAGGACUUUGGUGUUUUAUCUUGCUUUGUUUGGCGCUGCACUCCUCCUGAAAGAGUUGGUUCACAGUUUGGGGGAUGCUCCUUGAUUCAGCAUUGUCAGUUUGGGGCCCACCUGGCCUCAGGUUCCUUUUAUCAACCUUGUCGUGCUUGCAACCUUUGCCGGACAGAGCAUAGCCUUGCCAUGGUGAUCCAUGUGAUAACAUCCCAGUUGGAUAGCUGCGGUGCCUUAUAUAUGGGGCUGCCCUUAAAGAUAACUCAGAAACUUAUUCUCCAGUGAAAUCAGUGCUCAGAAUGGCAAGGUUUGUAUGAGAAAAAUCUUUUUAUUUAUGGAUGUGUGAAAUCUUCAGGAAGACUUGCAUGGAAAAUCCAUGCACUAGGAUGAAAUUUGUUUGCUGUCAUUGCCAGCAACAAAAAGGGCUGAUUUGCAUCUGUAUAAAUACUUCUCGUGGCUGGAAAGGGCAAAAGUAAGGCUAAUGCAUCAGUAGGGAUGGCCUUCCGUAGCUACUACAGGUUUGACAGCCUUGGAAGUGGGCAAAACCUGGGACCGCCACCCAGACACCUGCGAGCGUCACAGUACCCUCAAAGGCUUUCGCUGGUGCCUUGGGCUGCCUGUGGGCAUUAGGUUAGUUAAAAAACGGUAAAGGUAAAGGACCCCUGACAGUUAAGUCCAAUUGCGAAUAACUCUGGGGUUGCGGCGCUCAUCUCACUUUACAGGCCGAGGGAGCUGGCGUUUGUCCGCAAACAGUUUUUCCAGGUCAUGUGACCAGCAUGACUAAGCCACUUCUGGAGAAACCAGAGCAGCGCACGGAAACGUCAUUUACCUUCCUGCCGGAGCGAUACCUAUUUAUCUACUUGCACUGGCGUGCUUUCGAACUGCUAGGUUGGCAGGAGCUGGGACCGAGCAACAGGAGCUCACCCCAUUGUGGGGAUUUGAACCGCCGACCUUCCAGUCGGCAAGCCCUAGGCUCAGUGGUUUAGACCACAGUGCCACCCGUGUCCCCAUUGGGUUGGUAACCCACUAUAUAUCUAUAUCUAUCUGUAUAUCUAUCUAUAUCUAUAUCUAUAUCUAUAUCUAUAUCUAUAUCUAUAUCUAUAUAUAUUAUUACUACGAUUAUUAUUUUGGUUUGCUUUGGUUCUUUACACGGCAGAACAGUUCAGAGUGGUUGCUGGAGCUGGAUGGGUCUGCCUCUUGCCUUCUGGUUGGUUUGGAAGGAUUCUUUUUUUGCGGGGGGGGGAGACGGCAGAGAAGGCUUCCCCACCCCCUGCCUCAUUGCUUGCUUGUUGCCUGCCAGUCUUGAGCUAGCAGUUGCAUUACCCUAGAAUGAGAGAGAGAGAGAGAGAGAGAAGGAAGGAGGGGUGUGUGUGCGCAGGAAUGGUUGAUCUGGGAGAGGGAGAGCUAUCUGUGAGGUUUGUGCAUGGAAGAGAGGGGUCUGUGCAUGACUGUGUGGUCUAUGUAUGUGCAGUCUGGGGGCAGAGAGAGAUGUGGGGGGGUAUGUAUUUGUGUGUUUGGUGUGGGUGUGGGUGUGGGUGUGGGUGUGAGAGAGAGAGAGAUCUAUAUUGUGUGAUCUCCACAAUCAAGACCAGCAGGACAUACCCGGCUUCCCAUGGUAAGCACAAGGUAGUCUUGAGCAGCAAUGACAAUACUCUUGAUUUUGUGUCAUAUCAUGCCCCUCAUGGCGGCGUUGUGUUAUGCCGUGUCCCCCUGUGGCAGUCAUGUCAUGACCGGCAGCCACAGCAGUUUCAAGUUUGAAAUGUGGCCACUGGCUCACACAAUGACCUGUGUCAGCUCUAGAGAUCUGUCUGCAAGUACAGCCUGGUCUUUUUGUCGACAAUUUUGCUGGUAAGGGUAAAGGGGCUCUCUCUUUUUCUGAGCUGCCGUAAAGUUUGAUGAAGCAUUACAAGGUCUAGCCAAUUAUUGAUUUAAUUUAUUAAAUUUCUAUUUGAAAAUGGUUCUUACUUGACAGCAACUUGAUCAUAGGUUACUGUAUUUUUCGCUCUAUAAGACGCAGCAGACCACAAGAUGCACCUAGUUUUUGGAGGAGGAACACAAGAAAAAAAAUUAUUCUGAAUCUCAGAAGCCAGAACAGCAAGAGGGAUCGCUGUACAGUGAAAGCAGCAAUCCCUCUUGCUGUUCUGGCUUCUGGGAUAGCUGCGCAGCCUGCAUUCGCUCCAUAAGCUGCACACACAUUUCCCCUUACUUUUUAGGAGGGGAAAAGUGAGUCUUAUAGAGCAAAAAAUACGGUAAUUAUUUAUUUGAGGAAGUUAUGUGGACUAUCACUUAAUUUGGCCUAUUACAGACACUUUAGGAUAGCUUCAGGAGAUAAAUCUUUUCAGUAUGUUGCCUAGGUGAUAAGUGUGCGUCCUUGCUUUCAGACAAUAAAAUAUUUCUGGUUGUUUUUCCUCUCAGUUCCUGUGGGAGACCCAAUUAGGGAAAUAACAGAAUACAUGGAUCCCAGUCAAGACGAUAUUUGGGAGAAGGUUCCAUCCAGCAAACAGGUUACCUUCUUAGUAUACCGCGAAGGAGAUCAACUGAAUUUUUUCCGUAUUAUAGACAAGGGAGAUGGAACUUUAACACCAUUGUCUGAAUCGUUAAGGUAUACUGGGUUUUAUUUCUUUUCGGAAAAGUUAAAAAAUGUCUAACAUAGAAACUUUUCUUACAGAUUUGGUAGGAAUAAUCUGCAGGGCCCCCAUUCUGAAGAAGCGCUUCAACUUUUUGCUACAGUUGAUGAGGCAGAUUGGAGUCUGACAGGCUCAUAGGUUUGAGGAGGAAGGAAAAGGCACAGAAUCCUAAAAUUAUGAAACAAUGGAUCCUGAAAAUGUGGUGUUGAAAGACCUUGGGGGCGUGCAACCAGAGUACAGUGACUGAAACUGUUUUGGAUGUUUUGAAGAAUCAGGUUCACAAGCUUGGGACACCUCUGGAUUCAGGUGGCAGCUGUAGCCAGAAGUGCCUUUCACCCAACUUGCUUGCUUACUUAUAUAUUUGCUCUUCAUCUGAAAAGAUUUCGUGAGCAGCUGACAAAAACUAGUCCCUGUCCUUACAACACAAAGAGACUCAAGGAAAAGAGGCUUGGCGGGUGGAGGAGGGAGAAAGCAAGCUCAGGCACCAGUUCUAAAAAUUAUAAUAACCAGGUGGGAUGGAAGCAGCUCAGGUAGCCUGAUGGAGUGAUGAUAGAGGAAGGGUCAAAGGGUGUUUCAGAAGAGGCAAUGGAAUAGCCCUGGUUUUCUUCUCUCCCUCUGCAUUGCAGCCUGAUGGGCCACCAGUGACACAUGUUCCCGAUGAGGUCAAAUUUGCUGUGGUAACACACAUCCAUAUUGCGUUAACUGCAAUGCACUCUGCUUGGGGCUACCAUUGAAGGCUCUUCAGAAACUUUACUUGGUCCAGGAUCCAAGUGCAUUAAUGUUGUCCAGUGCUUGCGCAUGAGAUCAUGUUAUAUUGAUCUUAAAACAGCUGCCCUGGUAUGUCACUAAGCACGAUUCAGAGUGUUGGGGCUUAUCUUCAAAGCCAUAAAUGUAUCCAGGGUACCACCUCUUCCCAUAUUAUCCUGCUUAAUUUUGAAAGCUUUUGACAAUCCCCCCCCAAUUGCUUUGAAUGUUUGGCAUCUGUAUUUACAACUUAAAUACCUAAUGUUAAUGUAAAUUUGCACUCUCUCUCCUUGCCAGUGGUGGUUCUGUUUAUAAUUUGUAUGCGGAUGAUGAAGAUGAUACAGAGGCAUCUCCUUCUGGUGAACAGAUUAUUGAGAAUUCUAUUACGAUGAAUAAAAUGAAGCUUCUUAGAGCAAAGAUGGAGAACAUGAAUCUGAGUAAAAAGGUGAAGGCACAGAUUCUUCUACCCCAUACAGAACUGUAUGCAUAUUCAUUUCUUUUGAAGAGUUAGCUGACUGCCUUAACCUUUAUGGACUACAAGUAUUCAGCACAGAACUGUUAGAGGGAAUUAUUGCUUUGUUGGCCUUAAAGCGAGGAAACAUAUAGAAAUAAGGCUACUUUUAUUGGACCAAAACUUUAGUAAGGGAGAGACAAAAACAUCCUUUUUAUUUCAAUAGCAGACAUUGUUCCAACAAAAGAUAAUACUUUACUAUAUAAUAUGCCCAGAAUAUAUGUGUGUGCCACUUAUUACAAAGAUGCAUUUUUAGUAUACAGUUGUACCUUGGAAGUUGAACAGAAUCCGUUCCGGAAGUCCCUUCGACUUCCGAAACGUUUGACUUCCAAAGCGUGGCUUCUAUUUGCUACAGGAAACUCCUGCAGCCAAUCGGAAGCCCCGUCAGACGUUCGGCUUUCAAAAGAACGUUAAAAAACCAGAACAUUCACUUCCAGUUUUCAGUCAUUCGGGAGCCGGAAUGUUCAACUCCCAAGGCGUUAGAGAGCCGAGGUACGACUGUAUAUAGUAAACAACUUCUAAAUGAGAAUCUGUUUUUAUAUUUAAUAAAUGCAAAGCGGUGUUAUUUAGUGUAUCUGAUUUCCCCCCAAUAUUCUCAUUAUUUAUUAGAAAAGAAUUAGUUAUUAACAUUGCCGUCUAUGCAGACUUAUAGUUUUGAACUUUUAUUAAUCUGGACACUGAGCAACAUUUAAAUUCACUUAAUCUCUUAAUUGGCCAUGCUUGAAAAGGUAUGCAGUUAAAGAAAGUGAGAAGAGGCUAUUUUUAAAUUUGAAAAGUCAUCUCGGAAUUUUUGUGGAUAUUGUAAUGCAGAAAAAGUAAUAAUAACCACGUCUCCUUUUUCUUUUUUCACAGCCUAAAAAAACGAUUAAAGUGAACCCCCACCCUCCAUUGGCUCCUCGCCCAUCUAGUGGCUCAGUCACAGCUGCUCACCAGAGAUUUUUGCGAGCGCUCCGCCGUAUGGGACAACCGUGCCUACCUCCUAGGAAUUCAAAUACCUCAGACUUUUCUCAAAAUGCACUUUCGUUUUUAACAUCUGCUGGCAGAAGGAUGCCAUCCACUAGUAAUGACUUCGUGAAGGAAAAUGACAGGUGGGAGACCGCUCCACAGUCACUUAGCAGCCUUAGGCUGCCCCCUAAAAUUCCACGUGUGGAAAAAGAAGAUUCAAAGCUUCCGACAAACAGCAUGGUUCUUCCGGUCCCUGCUCCACUUAGGCACCCUGGGAUAAAUAUAGAUAACAGUUCGGCAACCAAUGAAGCUGGUCCUUUCUUAUAUCCAAAUCUCACCAAUGUAAAGCUGUAUGCUGCAGAAGAAAAGGUUAUACCAAACUCUGACACUUUUGCCUUGUUAGCUGAACCAUGCAGUGAUUUAUAUGGAAUAGGAAAAGUCAACACAGAGCUCCAUUUAUCUGAGGGGGAUGAGGAUUCUGCUACUGCAGAUCUUCCAAACAAGACCAUUACAAAAAUCCUGACCCCUGCAGCAGCAGCAGAUACUAGUAUUCUUAAUUCUUGCGAACUAAGUCCCCAGAAGAACACACAGUUGUCGCCUCUUCACUGCUCCGCACAGAUGACGCGUUACAGUCCUCGGAAACCUCAAGCUCAGUCCAAGUUUUUCGAGGUUGGUAACUUGAGGCCCGCUGCCUCGCCAAAUGUUCUGCGAUCCUUGGAGUUGCACAAUUUAGCCGACUCCUCAUAUCCAAGGACUUCCAAAUUCCACGGCAUAGGUUUAGACUCGCCCGGCAAAAGACCCGACCUCCUUUCUAAAAUGGAGGCACGGGAAGUCACAGAAGUAGCGGUCAAGGCAUCCAAAGAUCCUGUUGUCUCUGUAAAUAAUGUGGGGUUCCUAAGUUCGCUGGCCCGGAGCGCUAACAGAGAUGCUUCGCAGAAUUCCUGUGGGACAAGCAGGUUUCGGACUUCUGGUAUUGCGCGGACUACAAACCUCCAACAUUUUCAAGGAGAAAGCUACAACAUGGCCGCUCCCCACAAUGAAAUGCCUGGAUACUUCCUAGUAAGUACAUAAGCUUUCUAAAUAGAUGAGAUUCCUCUUUGUGUUCUUUAGAAGGCUUGAUUAGUGUUUGUUUCUGUUAAGAGUCACAAAGCUGAUUGCAGCUGGAAUUGAGAACUUGAUGUGGGUGUUCAGUACUGUUUGUAUCAGUAUUUCUUAGGCAUGUUGGGCUUGUUCAUGGUGCCUUUGACCACCUCUUCAAGCAGUAAGCCCAACCCAAUAGCCUUGCACUGCCAGUGGAAAACUACCUUUCAGGUAGGUAUCAGCCAUACUUUUCAGAAGCCCAGGACUUCAUAAUUUUGGCAUUUAAUUUCUAUCUUGGUGAUAAAUUCCAUUCAUUAAUUUUCUUGUGACUUCCAGUUUGAUCAUCCAAAAAGCUUCUGCUUAAUCUUCCUAUCUGUCUAUCCAGUUUCACACUUUGCUGCAUUAGCUAAGCCAUAUGCGGUUCUUUGUUGUAGUUGUUUAGUCGUUUAGUCGUGUCUCACUCUUCGUGACCCCCUGGACCAGAGCAUGCCAGGCACUCCUGUCUUCCACUGCCUCCCACAGUUUGGUCAAACUCAUGCUGGUAGUUUCGAGAAUACUAUCCAACCAACUCGUCUUCUGUCGUUCCCUUAUCCUUGUGCCCUCCAUCUUUCCCAACAUCAGGGUCUUUUCCAGGGAGUCUUCUCUUCUCAUGAGGUGGCCAAAGUAUUGGAGCCUCAGUUUCACGAUCUGUCCUUCCAGUGAGCACUCAGGGCUGAUUUCCUUCAGAAUGGAUAGGUUUGAUCUUCUUGCAGUCCAUGGGACUCUCAAGAGUCUCCUCCAGCACCAGAAUUCAAAAGCAUCAAUUCUUCGGCGAUCAGCCUUCUUUAUGGUCCAACUCUCACUUCCAUACAUCACUACUGGGAAAACCAUAGCUUUAAUUAUACAGACCUUUGUUGGCAAGGUGAUGUCUCUGCUUUUUAAGAUGCUGUCUAGGUUUGCCAUUGCCUUUCUCCCAAGAAGCAGGCGUCUUUUAAUUUCGUGGCUGCUGUCACCAUCUGCAGUGAUCAUGGAGCCCAAGAAAGUAAAAUCUCUCACUGCCUCCAUUUCUUCCCCUUCUAUUUGCCAGGAGGUGAUGGGACCAGUGGCCAUGAUCUUCGUUUUUUUGAUGUUGAGCUUCAAACCAUAUUUUGCGCUCUCCUCUAAGGCAUGUUAAUAAUUCACUGCUGUCUACAUCCAAAUUAUGAGUAAUAUAGAAGGGAACUGUUAUUUUGAUGUGCUGUGGCCCACUAGAGACCUCCAAGUCUCGCCUAUCAACAUGUUCAGUGUAACCAGGAGCAUGAAUUAAUCUGCAUUUGCUUAUGCAAAUUGCACAUGGGAAUUUUACUGAAAGGCGAUAUAAAACACCCAUCUUCAGUACAUCAGCCUUAUUCAGAUAUUUCACACUCCAAUAAGCAAAUUGUGCAAGUGAGAGUGUGGGACUAUAACCACUGACUCUUGAGUUGCCAACCAAGCAUUGGGAUAUAUCUGCAAAAAGUAAGACACUGAAACGCCCCUAGGCUCUCCCUGUGAUCAGAAAUCUCCCCUUACCCAAAUGCUUAUUGUACUGGGAGCGUUGAUGGCUGAAUAUGACUCUUGAGUUCUUGGGCUCUUGUUUUGAUUCAAGUUGCUCAGCUUUUGACGCCAACCAUAUCAAGGGCAACACAAAAACGACAAAAAUCGUACAUAAAAGUCUCAUUCGCUUUAGGUUCUUACUGAGAUACUGUGUUUUUACGUUUCUUCCCUGGUUUGGGCUGGUGAUGGGAAUAUUGCCUGGCAAUGUUUGGGGGGCAGGGGAAGGACGGGAAAGUGCUUGCUGUACUUUGUUAGGCCGUUGCAGCAAAAACUUCAAAAAGUCUUGUAACGCCUUAAAGGUCGACAGACUCUGGGGUUGUGCGCUCAUCUCACUCUAUAGGCCGGGAGCCAGCGCUGUCCGCAGACACUUCCAGGUCACGUGGCCAGCGUGACGAAGCUGCUCUGGCGAGCCAGAGCCGCACACGGAAACGCCGUUUACCUUCCCGCUAGUAAGCGGUCCCUAUUUAUCUACUUGCACCCGGGGGUGCUUUCGAACUGCUAGGUUGGCAGGCGCUGGGACCAAGCAACAGGAGCGCACCCCGCCGCGGGGAUUCGAACCGCUGACCAUGUGAUCAGCAAGUCCUAGGCGCUGAGGUUUAACCCACAGCACCACCCGCGUCCCUUUGUAACGCCUUAAGAACUGACAAAACUUUUCUGGUUCAAGUUUCAUGGAUUUACUUCAUCGUUAGUGGUUGUAAGCAGAUCAGAGGGAUGUGAAAUGCAGAGAAGUACAAACAGUGAUAUAAUUAUGUUAUUAUAGUGAUACAGUUAUGUUAUUAACAGUCCAUUAACCAAAAGUUGUAAGUGCAGAAAACGCGCUGAUAAAAAUUAUUCCAGCAGUUGUUUACCUCUAAGUGAAUAUAAUGAUUUGUUGAACAUGAAACCGAUAUUUUGCAGCCCUGCUCCCUUUCCACAGCUUACCUACAUAAGUUCACCUUGUUUAACAAGCAGCACAAUUUGCGUGGUGAAGGAUAAGGCUCCCAUAGCAGCACUAGCAGAAGAGAGGAGAUUGUUCUGUGUAUCUUGGUGCCCAAAUAAAGCAGGGGAUAAUGGGAGAUAACAGGUGCCUGGGGGGAAAGGGGAAAAAUGCUUCUUACUCGUGUUUUCCUCCCCAGUCACUUCCUCGUUCCCUAAGUUCUUUGUGGAGGAAACGAGGAAUGAUUUCUUUCUCUUUCAUGCUAGGGUUUUGUAGAAAGUAGUAGCAGCAGAUGUAUGGAAUGCUGUCUAUGACAUGUGUAACAGUUUAACACCCUUAAUUCUUCUAAAUCUUGCAAACAUAUACUGCAAUGCAUUUUUCCACACUAUAGUUAAUUGAUGUCUGGUUUUAAUCAUUUUUAUAUGGUUUAAUGUAACUUCUGUCAUAAACUGCUUUGAUGUAUUUUAUGAAAUAGUGGUAUGUGAAUAUUUAGAUAAAUAAAAUCCUUCCUGAACUAAAAUAGUCAGGGCGUCAUCACCCUCAUCUUUCUCUUUAAAGUUUGACAUUAAACCAUGAACAAGUUGCUGUCAUUAAAAAUUGUGGAGGGGUUUGCAUUCUUUCCACCCCCACUUCAUUAAUUGGAACAUGAGAGCUGCUAACAUGUUCUUUAGUGUUCAUGGAGAUUUAAAAUGCCAACAGGCAAUUGAAGGGCCUAUUGAGUCAUUUACAUAUCCCAACAAAAAGGGAACCAUUAUAAGAAAUAUUGUACAAUACUAAACAAUUUCUACAUACAAUACCCAACAAUAAUAGUAAUUACAAAAUAUUGGAAAGAAAUUUCAGUUUUGUACUAUUUAUUUUAAGUAGUUAGCACCUAGGCUUGGAUCCUAGGUUGCAAUGAAAAGAGCUUUGCUUAUAGCAUUUUUUGUUGGUUCCGCCUAUGCCUUAUGAAUAUGGUAUAAACAAAAUCCAAAAAAAUGUGGAGAAUGUGUGGUUCCGUAUUCAUAUUUUGACUAUGAUGUUAGGUUUUAGUCUAGAUUUAGUGUGAUUCAACCAUAUGGCAAGGCAGUAGCAAAUAAUGAUUGGCCACAAGGGCUAGCCAUAAUUUGUGAAACCCUGCUACAAAUCCAUUGCCUUUUUUUGUUUUUACAAACCAAAUGGCUUCUGGCUGCUGAGAGGACCAGAAAAUCUGCUCUGAUAUGCACACGGUUUCUCUCGUGCUCUCAAAUGACUGAAGUCACUGGGACCACCUAGGAGCGGGGAGUCCUACAACAGCUUUUGUUACUGAAAACAAUGAGAUAUUAUUCCGCAUUUCAGCAUUUUAAUGAAAACAUUACACCACCACAGAAAACAACUUACAUGUUUCAUCUUUUUCUUGUUGCAUUGAACAUCAUUCUGAGUUUCUGUUAAACUUCAAAAAAUCUGGAGUAAGCCCUGCUUGACUUCCUUAUACAGAAAUAUAUGUAUAAAUAUAUUUUCAUACAUAGCAGUUCUGUUCAAAAUAGGUUCUCAUUAAACAGUGUUCGGCAUAUGGGUUUUCCCAGUGAAAUGUUUGGUGUGUCUGGGGUUCUAACAAUUUAUUGUAUGAAAUUUCACAUCAGCAAAAAAAUGUAAGUUGAAGAGGUAUAUACCAAUACUAUGGUAACUUGUUUGUUUUUCAUAUUUGUAUCUGGUGUGUCUUCUAGCUGUAUUUGCUUUUAACUCACGUUGUGAACCACUUUGGGUCCUACCCUGGGAGAAAGGUGGGAUAGCAAAUGCAAUAUUUUAUCCACCUCCCAUCGUGUCUUUUCAAGCAAAAACUAAUCUGUGCUUAUGUACACUAUGAGAGUCCUACGUACCAAAUUUGGUUCAAAUUCAUCAACUGGUUCUUGAAUUGCUAUGGCAUAAUGCAUUUAUCUUGAUUUAGUGCUCGUUUCCCAACCCAGCAUUUUUUUCACCUAAUCCACUAAUACAAAAAAAAACCUCUCUCUUUUUAGGCUCCUGGACUUGGAUUGAAUGGAAGUAUUGUGGCUGCAGGAAAAAGAAUAGGUGAGUAAUAAAUCCAUAUAGCUGUUAUCAGCUAGAAAGUGCUUGUCUCAUUUGAAACUGAACUAGGAUCUAAGAGGGAGUAUCCAACCUCUCUUUUCUAUAGACAGCAGUUCUGGAUCCAAAACUCUUCAAAGGUAAUCAUUCUAAAUAAAAAAAGUAGUUCUUUUGGGCAGCAUAGAUCUCACAUAACUAAAACCACUUAGUUUUCUAUAUAGCGUGUAUUGCGCUAACAAAAAUAUGUGCAGUAUUUAAUUAUUAUUAAAACACAUUAAUCAAACAACAUGUGUCAGGCUAACAUGUUUACUGCUGCCAAAGUUUGCAUUAUGUAAUUUUGGGGGCAUAGAAAAGUCACUUGAAACAAGAAACUGUUUUUCACCUGUGAAAAGGUUUUCCGUGUGUGCUGUUUUUCUCUUACACCAUUUCUCUGAGAGCACGUAUAAAUUGAGAACGUUUUGCUUUUGGAAAGCAGGUGAUGCAACUCAUCUCCCACCUGUGAAUGGUUCAGUUCAGCCUAAAAAGAAAAUGACAAAGCACUGUUUCUUCUGUGGAAAGAAAACUGGAUUAGCUACUAGCUAUGAAUGUAGGUAGGUUGAGUUUGCACCUUGAAUGUGUUUGUCUUCAAACGGAAACUUGUUGCCAUGCUUUGUCACUUGUUAAUGAUUAUUACAUCUUCAUUGAUAAAAUGUGACAUUUCUUGACAUAAAUCUCCAAGGGAUGAAGGGCUGUCCAUUGUAAAAUAUCUCCGAAUAUUUUGCAUCCAUUUAAAAGGGGUCACACCUUGAUCUUCCUUUUAAAGGUGGUAGAGAUAUGUGUGAAUGGGAGGGAGGAGCUUAGGCCCUGUGGAAUCACAGAAAUUUACCAGAGUUGCAUAGCUACUGGAAGUUGAAAGUUGUCAUGUCCAGGAGUUAGUCCUGGUCCUGCUGGGAGAAACCAUAAUGUAUGCCCUACUGUUAAAAUAAUUGGAUUCUUCUGCUCUCCCCUCCCCCGUGACUAAUUUCAGUGGGUUUACGCUGAAUAAAACCACCCUCUUCUUCCAGAUACAAUAGACUCGUAGAGUUGGAAGGAACUUCAGGGGUCAUCUAGUCCAACCCCCUGCAAUGCAGGAAUCUCAGCUAAGUCAUACACGACAAAGGGAAUUGCAAAAUGUCUGCCAAAUUGUGUUCAGGCACUAGUUUUUUACGCCUACUCUAAUCCAGUGGAAUUGGCUGGCCAAGACAAUUGGUGAAACAAGUUAUUUCCUUCCUUACAAGCUGUUUGAUAUACACUUCGAAGUGGUGGUUGUGGGGGAUUUUUGUGGCAUUUUAUAAUAGGACCCCGGUGGGGACACUAUCGCCCUGUUUGAAGUGCAUACCUGGAAUCCAUUAGCGUUCUUCUCACCGUUUGAACCAAGCAGUGACAGGUCAGACAAGUUCAAAUGGCUUUGCAAUGUUGUUAAGCUGCAGCUACAGCAGACACACGAGACAAAGCCACAAAUACAAAGCUAUUGGUUCUUAGACAUCAUGAUCUCUGAAUUUGCAAGCCAGAGUAACUCUCAUUGACUCUGGUCUCCCCCCUCCUCUGCUCUUUCUUGCCUUGAUUAUUUGGUCCCACUCUAGGUAGUUUUUCCUCUGUCUCUGACCCUCACCUUUCUAUCCCCUUUUUCUAUCUCUCUCCAACUUCAGGUAUUCCUUUUUGAUUGACUCCCUACCUCUCACCCUGCUGUUCCAGACAAGCUAAGCAAAUGCGAUCUCCUCAUUAGGUUCCUCAUUUGCGAACAUAAAACAUUUGCCAGACUGUCACCUCCUGCUGUCUUCUCAAGGCCUUCAUAAACCUGUCCCACUGACUCUGCCCACUGUUCAUCAGUAUCAAAGUUCAGUACCUCCAUUUGACUGGUCUGAACCCGGGUUAUUAAUCCGGUAUAUGAGUGCUGCUGGGAUGCGGGUGGCGCUGUGGGUUAAACCACAGAGCCUAGGAUUUGCUGAUCAGAAGGUCAGCAGUUUGAAUCCCCGUGACGGGGUGAGCUCCUGUUGCUCGGUCCCUGCUCCUGCCAACCUAGCAGUUUGAAAGCACGUCAAAGUGCAAGUAGAUAAAUAGGUACCACUCCGGCAGGAAGGUAAACGGCGUUUCCGUGUGCUGCUCUGGUUCACCAGAAGUGGCUUAGUCAUGCUGGCCACAUGACCCGGAAGCUGUACGCCGGCUCCCUCGGCCAAUAAAGUGGGAUGAGCACCGCAACCCCAGAGUCGGCCACGACUGGACCUAAUAGUCAAGGGUCCCUUUACCUUUACGAGUGCUGCUGCCUCAGAUUAAGUUACUGUGCCCUUCCAUCCUCAGAAGGGCUUUUGAUAACAACAGCAGAGGGUGGAUUUUGCUAAUGGAUUUGGGAGGUGGGCGGGAGGCAGUCUUCAGCAGUUUUCCCUGUAGAUCCCAAUGCCUCUCAGAAAUUUGCUCCAGAAGGUCAGGACUCACAUGACCCUGGAGGACAUCGUGAGGUGUAACAGAGUAGACUGCAAGAGAAAUCAACCUUCCCCUUUCUAUUUGUAGUUAGCAUGGGCCUCCACAAGCAAGGAUAGAACUCCCAGCAUGAUCCCAUCCAGCUUAUGGCAUCUCUCUUCUCCACUCCUCUGUCGUGCUCUUCCUCCCAACGCCCCCUUUCCAUCCAAAGCCAGUGUUCCUCCUCUAGUGCUAUACUUUUAACCCUUUUAGGUUGGAAUCUGAUUCACAGUUUCCUGGGAGGUGCAUCAUUCAGCACAGUGGGACUUGGUUUUUCUCCAAUUAUAUUUUAUUGAGUUUCAACAUUUUUAACAUACAUAGUCAUAACACAAGUUCACCUUUUGUCAUAUUUUUGUUGACUCCCCACCCCUUUUCCCAUGCAGUUGUUUUUACUCCCCUACUGCUGCAGCCUAUCUUCCGUCUAUCAAAACAUAACCAAAUUAUUACAUUCAAAUUACUUCUGUUGCUCAUAGCUGAAAUCCUGCUCAUGAGUUCACCAUACUAUAAUAUUUAAGUAGUCUGAAAAAGCAUCCAUUCUUCCACAAAACACUCAUCAUUAGAUUUUUUUAAUUUUGCUGUUGGAUUUUGCCAGUUCUGCAUAGUCCAAUAUCUUCCUUAUCCAAAACGGACUUUUUUCCAGUGAACAUACAGUAGAUCGUGCUGUACAAAGAAUGCAGAUCUCGCAUCAGGAGUUAGUGAUUUUGUCUCUCUGGUUUUACAAGCCUUCCUGUGUUACUCAACUCGUUUAGAUGAGACCUUCAACCAUUAAAAACGGCAUUAUUUUAUUUCUGGGACAGUAUCUGGACUAUGAGAUUUGUGGAAGAUCGCUAACACUUGCCUUUCUCUUUUCAGAUGUGGAAACAACUUCUGUGCAACUCACCGCUAUGCAGAGACUCACACAUGUACUUAUGACUACAAGAAUGCAGGGCGGAGGUACUUGCAGGAGGCCAAUCCUGUGGUCAGUGCACCAAAGCUUCCCAAAAUCUGAGCAUGGUUUUAUGGCAUGCAUCUGUCUGCCAGAGGAGCCUUAUUACACAGAGAGAAGUAGCAGUGGUUUAGACUGCUUCUUUUGCCAUGCUCCAAAUCUAAAGAUUGCCAACUAACAAAAUCAUAUGAGGCUGCAUAAUACUGAAGAAUAAUGUGAACACUACUGUAGCUGACACCAUUUAUUCUUGAGUGAAUCAAAAAAUUUAAAAAAGUAGUUUUUGAAAAUGUACAUUCUGAUUUAACUAUUAUUAUAUGUCUUGUGUUAAGUGUUUUAUAUUUUCCAAAUGCUCUUUCACUAGACAAGUCUUUUAAAAGAUGCACUUUACUAAGUUUUAAUAUAAAUUUUAUAAUGAGACUUGAGGAGGUUCUGUAAUGAGGGUGUCAUGUAAUCUCUUCUAUGUUCUACCUUGGUUUUUGUCCAUUCUGGGGUGUAAGUUAUUUUCGUAUAAAGUUUCCCAGCACAUCAAGCCUUACCCUUUCAGAGUUUAGAAAGUGCUCUAUUGGCUGCACUACGUUCCAUUCAGAUGGUCAGCCAUACAUACAUUGUGUGAUCCAGUCUCAAAUAACAUAUCAUGUUAAUCCUGCUAUUUCUUAGGAGGCAGUUCUUUCAUUUCACAUUUUUACAAAAGAGAAAGUUUACCUUGCCAUUAAAUAGAAGAGACAACUUAUUUUACCUUUUUGUAAUUCCCUUUUUCAAAAGACUGGGUUUGUUAAAAAUGUUGAGUGCUGUUACUAGGGGGGCGGGGGGAAUCUAUUAAAAUUAAAUUUUCAUGCAGUUAUAAACAGAGCAACUGACUUCUACUGUUUUACAGGCUGAUGGCAAGUAGGAGCAAUGAUUAAGAAGCUAUGCCAUUGUUUAUCCCAUUAAAACAUAUGAAAGCCGGCAGACUGCAGAGAGUGCUGUACUGCAAGGCAAUUUCAAAGUAUCCCAGCUAGGUUGCAGGUUCCGUCAGAAUCUUCACAUGCCAUCCUCCUGACUCUUACACCUUUUUCUGGCAUUCCUCAUUGAACAUUUCUGGCUUUCUCAGAAAUGUUGAAUCCACAUAGGAGUGGCACCAGCAGCCUUGAUCUCCUUUCUACUUUCACAAAAAUAUGGAGGGGAUUUUAGUGACUGUUAACACUGUCUUUUCUUCCUUUCCCCCCCCCCCCUUCCUUUAGCAGAAACAUAACACUACUUUCGCCGAAUUACCUGUCAGUUGCUGGAAGUUUUUACUUAUCUGUGGUUGCAUUUAUUUCUGGAAAUAUAUGUGCAGCUGGCAACGUGUAGGAUUCCUAAGAGCAUGAGGACUCUUCCUUUUUUGCCACUUUCAGGAGACCUGAAACAUGGCUGCAAUUUGGUGCAACAGGUCUACUCGGUACAUUAAAGAACGUGAAAUGAUAGAGCACGCAUUCAUGGCAGCACUUCUCCACCUUUCCCGAGUCAGUUUCAGCUUUUCUGCAGGCUGAGCUCAAGUUUUGUCCUGAUAACUGAGCACACAUUCACCCUUCUUUAGAAAAUGGGCUGCUGGUGGGGGUGCAUGGGGGGCUUAAAAGGCAGCAGGCAUAGCUCUCGCCUUUUGCAGCUAAGAUGUUGCACUGUAUUUCCCCCAAGGCAUUUGCAAGCUCAGUUUGAAUUUAUUAUACUUUGAUUCCACCGCUUCUUUAAGGGGCUCAGGCUAAUGUACAAAGUUCUCACAAUCACCACCACCGGCCCUUUUCCUCAUCAAUCCUGUGAGGCGAGUUUUGCUGAGAAAGUGCUUGGCCCAGGCUCCAUAGCUAAAUGGGAUUUGAACCCUGGUCCUCCCCUCUUCCAGUACAUCAAGAAACUCGGUGCGAUAUACCACAUCUGUGAAGAUGCGGAAGAAAUGGAAAUGGCCAAUGAUUAAAAAAAAGAGUAAGAUACUUCACCUACCUUGCCCAUAGUUUUCCUUGAAUUUUGCACACACCUUGGACCACAAAGACAAUGAAUGAGUGGGAAACUGGGAGACAAUAAGCCUGCUAAUAUACUUUUGUCUUCCUCACACUACCAGCAAUUUGAAAAGCCCAAACUUGAAACAUUAUUUCAGAGGCGUGGAAAGUAGCCUUAUGUGGCUAGUUGGCAUCAUCCUAAAACCACACAUACAGGAGGAUUUGUGAGGAAACCUGAAGCCUCUUUCAAGCAUGGCAAACAUGGGCAGGAGCUGGGGGGGAUGUGAAAAUUCUCCCCAACUGCUUGUGUUUCAGUGCAAACAAUUUAAAGGCUAAGAAAACACAUCUGUAUCUUUUAAAAUGGACAGGCAGCUUCAGAUAAGACAUCUGCUCAAACUUGGGUGGCUCCCAACAGAUUGAAAACAGAAUAAAACUUUAUCAAAUAUUUAAAACUUCCCUAAACAGGGCUAUAUAGUUAAUGCUGUAUCUAUUGUUACUAGUUCCUGAAAGCUGAGGAAGGUUGGUGUAAUCUGCAUAUUUGAUGGGCAUCCACUCAAUUCCAUCAUUCAAGUCAUUUGCAAAGAUGAUGAACAAUAUUGGGCUCGGGACAGAAGCCUGUGGCACUCCGCUUGUCACCUUUUUUGAGGAUGACAAGGAACCACUGGUGAGCACACUCCGGGUUUAGUCAGUCAACCAGCUACAAACCCACCUCCCAGUAGCUUCGUGUAAGCUGUGUAUGUGUAUGGCAUUUCUUUGACUGCAUUAACAGAGCUUAUAUGAUCAAGACGUCACAAUGUAGGCUACCAUCUUAUUUUCUGCAUUACAGAAUCACCAUUUAUCAGGGAUCAAGGGGUUAACUGGCAAAGGCAGGACUGAAUGACUGGUUGGCACAGUGGACCCCGGUUACUUUUUGAUGCAUUGCACUGAAGCCUGGCAGAACAGCGAAGGGGGUGAAUAAAAACAAGUUUAACUCCCACCAGCUCAAAACACCUGUUUUACGCCAAAGUCUGGUGUGCGUGUCUACUCAAAAAUAAAUCCCAUCAUAUUCAGGAGGGCUUCUUCCCAAGAAUUAUGUGUUACUGAGAGUUGGUAACUUUCCUUUUAGUGUCGGCAAGCCUAGAGAUUUCAAGCAGUGGAGGAGCGCAAGAGAAUUCUUGCCAAAUUUGUGGUCUGGGCACUGCCUUAGCAGAGCAUUGUAAAUUGCAUGUGAUGAGGAGGACAUACUCAGCCAGACACGUUUUCACAAUGUGGGUUAUCUUUAAUGGAACAAACCUCCCCACUGUGGACAUGGAAAUUUCCACCACUCUUGCUAGUCUGACACCGAUGCUCCAAUGGAGGUAAUGACAAAAAGGGGCUGUGCUGGCUGGGGCAGGAGUAGGAGGCGGGGGUUGGGGAGGGAGGGCGCUAGCCUUAGUGCAUUAAUUCUCUCUCCCAUUGACAUCAAUGGGAGGGAAAUCUUGUAACGGUAGGAAACAGCUGAAAAAGAAUACUGAGAUACUGUGAACCAAAACUAGCUCUUGGUGCUUACAGUAUAAAAGACCUAGUAAACGUCUCAUAAACAGAAAUAAACGUAGAAAUAGCUUUGUCUGACUUAAGAGCGCAAUAUACAAGCCUUGGUUCCAGUUCUUAAAGUCUCAUUGGUCAUCCUUUUCUGAGUCAAUUCUCUUGCCAUAAAACCAUGUUGAAGC